GGUUUUCCACCCGGUACCUAUUUACUGUAACCACGCUGGUCCCAUGCUGGUAAUGUUUGAGAUUCGCGUGAGUUUCGUCCACAAAUUGAUAUAAAUCAAGAGUAUUAAUCCUCAUAUAUUCGGAUUUAUUGAUAUUCGUCUGAGCUUUAUGUAUACAUAAUUCAGCAUGAAGAUAAAACGUCAGAAGCACGCGAAGAAAACCAUCAGUUUUUACAAGUACAACUUUUGCUUUAGGGAACCUUUCCAAAUAUUAAUUGAUGGGACGUUUUGUCAAGCGGCUUUAAAGAAUAAAAUUCAAAUCAAAGAGCAAAUGCCAAAGUAUCUGAUGGGAGAAGUUCAGCUCUGCACCACAAACUGCGCACUGAAGGAACUCGAAACCCUUGCAAAAGACCUCUAUGGAGCAAAACUCAUCUUACAGAGAUUUCAGAUCAGGAAAUGCAAACACACGAAAGAUCCGGUUCCUGCAUCAGAGUGUUUGUUGUCAAUGCUUGAAGAGACAAAUCCACACCACUACUUCAUUGCAACUCAGGAUCAAGAGUUGACGAAAGCCCUGAAGAAGAUCCCUGGGGUUCCUCUGAUCUACAUUAUCCUCAACACCAUGGUGUUAGACAAGCUGUCCGAACGAACGCUGAAGCACGCUGAAGCUGUCCAGCUGGGUGAGAUCGUCAACUCGUCACAACAGAAGAGCAUCCAGGGUCUGAAAGAGAAGGAGGGCCUCGGCAAAGACGGCGAGGAGAAGAGGGGCAAAAAACGCAAGAGGAAAUCCAGCAAUCCCAACCCACUUAGCUGCCUGAAGAAGAAGAAGAAGAAACCAAUGCCACAGCAGCCCAAAAAGACAGACGGAGAGAAAAAGAAGCGGAAUAGGAAGAGAAGGCCAGCAGGGGGAGAGAAGGCAGCGGUCGGCUCCAAUCCCACGACUGCUUAGAGUCGAGCUUCACAAUUUAUUUGUUCGUUUCUCAGCGUUCUUUUAUUGCAAAGACUGAACUUUUCCCUGACUGUGCAUAUGUGACAAGAAACCACUUGAUUUGUCUAAUAAACAAGUGUUUCUUUAUUAACCAAGCCUGUUUUUUGUGGAAGGAUGUUUAAGUUGUAAUUAAUUAAAAUGUGUAGUUGACUUUGUGUUUUUUUAAUGAUGAAUAUAUGAGGGUCAAAGGGUUUUCAAGCAUCAAAGCAAUAAGUGUAAUACAGAUUUGAACUGUUGUUGUUUUUCAGUACAUCAGAAUGGGUCGUUUAAUUUGUUUUUUUUCUGAGCAAAAAUUAAGUAUACAUUUUUACUAUGAUUUACACAAGACACCCACUUAAAUGUCAUUCAGUGUAACAAUCGUGUCAGGGAUAUUUACAACAAAAAAAUCUAUUUAUGCCAUAUUAAAGACUAAUUACUUGUAAUUUUACAUUUUUAAACUUUGCCACUAUCCUAUUCGUCAGCAGGAAUUUUUUACUCAUUUAAAAUGCAAUAAAAUUUAGUAUGCUCACUUAUUCUUUUAUAUAUUUUAACACGUACAGGU